AUGCUGCGAUCCACUCACAAACCAGCCCACGAGCAAGAGGAAGCAGCCACGGUCAUGCCGACACCACACGUCACCCAACCUGACUGGGAACUGCGGCAGCAAGCUGAGGCCUAGUAGAGGCACGGGGGGAAGGACGGACGCCUUCUCACCAGACGCCAUCCACAAAGCACGAGUACAAACCAAGCACCCCCCCCCCAUGGACCGAUGGGAGAUAUCCCAGUCCCCACCAGGCGGGGUGCCCCGAACCCCACAUCUACUGACAGGCAAAAAGACCUCCACAAGCGAGAGGGAGACGGGGGUACCCAAAUUAGAGUCCAACAAGAGAAGACAACACCCUGGUGCAGCAGACACCGGCACCAACCCAAAGACCCCAUUACUGCAAUCUUCGAGCGGUUCUGGGUCAAAUUACAGGCACUCCUACAGAUUGAAAAGCCUCAUCGACAUCUCCUCAUGAGGGCUAGAGCCAAAGACGAGCGGAAGAAUGGAGGUCCUCCUCAGGGCUACUCUAAGACCCACGCGACUAACCCACACUACGAUGGCCCUCCUGGGCCGAGAGCAGAAAGGGGCGCACCCCAGAGGCCACACUGGCAGAGUACAGUAAAGAGGUUACCCAAGCGAUAUGGCAAGACUCCCCGCAUCACCCCGAAGGAGUUGAACCUGGGCCACGAUGGCUCCCAGGGUGAUGGCUUACAAGACCAGCUCUCCCAUGGCUCCAGGGCGGGAGAGGAUCCCCGACUCCGAACCGCUGCGGCACUACCCAGCCAAGUCUCAAUCCAGGCAGGAGAUGCCCACACCGGAUCCGUCCAACCCGGGCAAGCAGAACCAGUCACUAUCCAGCAUGUAACUACAGACCCAAACGGAGAAAUCUCACAUUGGGACUGGUCCCUGCACGACGAGUAA